AUGGGAGGUGAAUCACUCAUCUAUCCAUCGGUCUGUAUGGCUCGACCAAACCAGGGCUCGAUCCCAGACACUGCCCCCCGGCACUGUCGACCCGAGAGCGAUGUAGAGCCAGAGCUGUCGGCUCUUGCUACAGUCCUUGGCACGACAGAGCUCCUAGAGAUGAUCCUCCUCCAGCUAGACCUGAGAACCCUACUCAAGGUACAGCAAGUCUGCCAACGAUGGAAACAAAUCACCGCCCACUCAACCCAGCUCCAGCAAGCGCUCUACCUCAAGCCAGCAAAAGCCAGCAGCAAAAAGCACACAUCAAACCCACUCAUCGAAGAGAUCAUACUGCCACAACUACUACUAAGAUCAAGAAACUUCAUCAUCCCGGGUAAAUGCCCAAACUUCGAGCCAUGUUUCCGCAGAGAAGCGAGCUGGAGGAAGAUGCUCCCCCAACAAACCCCCACAUCCACAAUCGGGGUGAUAGAGAUCGUCCGCCACGAGAAAUACAAAUUCACAAAAUUGGUAGUUGAGACUGGAUCCAUAAGAAUGGAACACCUCCUUGAAGCCACAGAGAAUGGAGUCCUCAUGCCCACGCCAAACAACCGGGUAUUCUGGGCUACUGUCUGCCGAUCCCUCAAUUUCGAGAUCUGGGGUCAGAACUGGGUACAAACCAAGAGUCCUCUACCCGAAGGCGUCCCGUGGAUGCCGGCGAAUGUGGACUGGGAUACGUUGCGAUUAGGCGUGGCGGCCACGCGUCUGGAGCAGUUUGGCUGUGAUUUUGUUGUUGUAUCUGAAUGGCCGCAGCGGUUGUUCCAGGAUGAUAUGUGUCCUUGUCAAAAGACGAUUUUGGAUCGUUGGCUGGAGGAUACAUUUGGUCAGUGUGAGGUUAUUGUUGCUCGUGAAGAGGCGAGUCACACCUUUGCCUUCAAGGAGGGGAAUGUCCCGGUGCUGAGGCAGUUGUGUGAGCAAUGUUGUUGUCGGAGACGCUUUGCCAGGCGGUUGUUCAUUCCAUAG